CCUCCAAUCCCCCCUUACUCACCUGCCUCUCCACCUCCCCAUCACUAAUUUUGAAAACGAAUUAAACUACAUAAACCCCAAACACACCCAACAAUGUCUUCCUAAUCAUGUGCUCCUCCCUGUUCUCUGCCGUCUCCUCCGGGCUCCGGCUAUAAGUUGAUCAACCAGUCAUAUUAGAUUAUAAAAAUUGUAAUCGGAGCAUCAGAAAUCUCUUCCCACUUACGCUCUCUAUUAUGGGUAGAGACAGCGGCGGCAGGGGCGGGCGUGAGGCGCUGAUGGCGCGGUGCGCGUCGCGGGCGGACGACGAGCUGCGGUGGUUCCGGAAGUGCCUGCGGUGGAUCGGGAUGGACCACUCGACCGCCUGCCACGCCGUCGUCUCGUGGUUCUUCUUCCUGCUGCUGGCGGUCGCCGUCCCGGCCGCCUCCCACUUCGUGCUGACCUACCGCCCGCGCCGCCGGCCCUACGACGCCGUCGUGCAGCUCUCCCUCUCCGCCGCCUCCGCGCUCUCCUUCCUCUCCCUCGCCGCCGGCACCCGCCGCAUCGGCCUCCGCCGCUUCCUCUUCCUCCACCGCCUGCACUACAAGACCGACCGCGUCCGCUCCCACUACUCCGCCCAGCUCGCCCGCUCCUUCCGCCUGCUCGCCGCCCUCGCCCUCCCCUGCUUCGCCCUCGAGGCCGCCUACAAGGCCUGGUGGUACGCCGUCGGCGCCGGCGAGGGCAGAAUUCCCUUCGUCGGCGGCUUUUCGGUCCUCGGCGACGCCCUCGCCUGCCUCCUCGAGCUCGCCUCCUGGGCCUACCGCGCCGCCGUCUUCCUCCUCGCCUGCGUCCUCUUCCGCCUCAUCUGCCACCUCCAGAUCCUCCGCCUACAGGACUUCGCCGCCGCCCUGCUCGCCGAGCAUCUCGAUGUCCGGCGGCAGCUCCGGGUGAUCAGCCACCGCUUCCGCAGCUUCAUCGUCGCCUGCCUGCUGCUCGUCACCGCCAGCCAGUUCGCCUCCGUGCUGCUCACCACCCGCAAGGACUCGCAGGACGAUCUCUUCAACACCGCUGAGCUCGCGCUAUGUUCGAUCGUGCUCGUGACGGGACUUCUCAUAUGCCUACGCAGCGCGGCGAAGAUCACGCACCAGGCCCAAGCGCUCACAGGCCUUGCCGCCAAGUGGCACGUGUGCGCUACCACCGAGUUCUCCGAUUUCGACCUCGAGGCACCGUCCUCCGAUGCUGCUCCCAAAACGUACCGCGUGUACCCCGCGAGCGACAGCGAGGACGAAUCGUCGUCGUCGUAUGAUGGGACUGGUGAUGAGGAUGCACUGGAGAACACAAAGAUUGUGAAACCUCUUGCUAGGACAAUUUCCUUUCAAAACAGACAAGCACUUGUGACUUACUUGGAGAACAACAAAGCAGGGAUAACGGUUUUCGGGUUCACGCUUGACAGAUCAUGGCUCCACACGAUUUUCACGCUCGAAUGGACGUUGUUCUUGUGGCUUUUGAGCAAAACAAUCGGUAUCUCGUGAAGCCGAAGAUCUCCGAUUUUGAUAUUCUUAUUCGUUCGGUGUGUGGAUUCUCAAUAGGAUUUGCUCUACUUCGAGAUACGAAAACACAUGGUGUGGUGUGUUCUUCUUCGGUUGUUCAUUCAACCAAAUUGCUGAUUCGCCGCCACAUCUUGGAUUGGUUUUGCAUCUGAGUGAUUCUUUUUCUUUUUCGUUUUUUUUUUGGCGUUUUGUCUAGUUAUAUGUUGUGUUGGUGUUAAACUUCUGAGUUAGCAAAUAUGAUCAUUUGUUUGUAUAUUAGACAACUUUGCAAAAAGAAGGUUGUUUUGAGAGUUGUUGUUUCUUGUAAAUGUGUAAUGUAGCAGAAUUUGUUUGAUGACAUGUAAAUCACCAUUGACGCAAUUUGCUCUAUUCACUUGUAGGGUUGUUUGAGCCA